UCCCUAUACAUACCUCAACUCUGAUGUCACAAUAAAUAAUCCUACGUCUGUGCAAGACUCACACCUAAACCUACAACAGUGCGCAAUGAGUACUAGAAUAUAUGGACACAGUUGCAAUCGAAUUUUCUAUAUUUAUGAAAGACUCAUCAUCCUUUGAGUCCUCAGCGCCGGUUUUGAGAGAGAGUUCGGCUCACAAUGGGGAGAGGGAAAAUGGAGAUAAAGAGGAUAGAGAACCCAACUCAGAGGCAGUCCACUUUCUAUAAAAGAAGAGAUGGGUUGUUCAAGAAAGCCAAGGAGCUCUCAAUUCUCUGCGACACCAAUCUCCUUCUCGUCAUUUUUUCCUCUUCUGGAAAGCUCUAUGAGUUCCAUACCCCCUCUGUUCCCUGUUCUAGGGAGUUAAUAGAGAGGUAUGAGAUGGUUACUCAAACUAAAGUGUGGAAUCACUGCGUGGAUCAGGGUGCAGAGGUUGAGAAGGUGGAGAAUCUAUGUGAACUUUUGGAGAAAGAACUAAGGUUCAUGACGAUUGAUGAAAGCCUAGACUACUCUCUCCCUGUUUUGGAAAUUUUGGAGCAGAAUCUGGAGGUUGCCAUGAACAAGGUCAGGAUGGAGAAGAAUAGGAAGAUCAAUGGAGAAAUGGGUCAACUCCAAAAUAUGGUGAAUGAUCAGCAGCAGAAGAGAUACGGACUCUGUGAGAAGCUUGCCAACAUAGAGGCGCUAAGGGAGAUGGGAGUGGGAGGAUCAACUUCAUUCAACAGCAAUGGGCUCGAUCUCAAGCUAGGGUUUAAUUAAAAGGCACAAAAGCUAGGAUAAGUGGAGGUAUUAAGAGUUUGCUUUCUCAAAGCUCUCACUUUGUACUGUGUGACGUACGUAGGGUUUUCUGUAUGAAAGUGUUUCAUGUGAACGUUCUGGUUUCAGAUUUCUCCUUAUGUUCAGUUUGUUUAUUUUCGCAGCGUAUGGGGAGAAAUUGGUAGA